UGACAUAGAAACUCAAAAGCGCUCUUACUUUUACUACGUUUAGAACUUCAAACGAACUGUUUUGUUUUGCCAGAGGGACGCGUCAUUUCGAUCCCGUGGUUCCAGUGACUAUCAAAUGUGGGAGAAAAAAAUGUUCGCCAAUGAAGAAAGCGUUUUUUGAUUAAACAAAAAAGAGAGAGUGAUUGCUGAGAAUUUUAAUUCAAAUCCUUACUCAGACGCGGGCUCUCUCUCUCUCUAACGACUUUUUAAGAUGCAUUUUCUUUAAUCUAAUCUUUUCGUUUACAAUUUUGGAAUAGUUUGUACAGUAAAGUUUAAGAGUUACUUCCAGUUGUAUAAUCAAUAUUUUCAGUGUGUCGGUUUUCUUCUCUCUCUCUUUCGUUAAGGGUUUUUUUCACUACAGUACAGUUAAAACGUCGAGAAGUGUUUUUCUCAUUUAGCUGAUAAUAUCAAACAUUUUAUCACCACAAUCGCUUCAAAUCAGUGAAAGGAAAUUAAGGAACAAGUAAGCGAGACAGAACAACCGCACGUACGCAUUUCAACACUCGCAAUGGAAAAAGGCGUAAGAUUCUCGAAUGCGAGAGACGCUCGAAUAACUAGUGACUUUAAUUCACAUGGUGUUCAGUUCUGAGACAAAAACAUUCGUGGCCAUAAGGGCCUUAUUAUUUACGUCUUUUUCCGUGUGAAAUAAAUCAAUUAUAUUCUUAAAAAGUUGUCAUGUCAUAGAAAGUCAGGUUGCAUCAAAGCUGCCGAAGUGUUAUUUGAAAUAUAGUAAGUAACUGAACGAAAGACUCCAGAAUACAAUCUCAUCAUUAUUUAUUGCUGCGGAUGACUCCUCGGUCUGAGACAAUAGCGACAGCUCUUUCCUAUUUUUAACCUUUCAAUAAAAGCAAACGCCAUUAACAUAUGGGAUUUCAAUUUCACGAGCAAACAGAAAGAAAGCAGAGAUAAAGUUAUCAGCGCUAUUGUAUUUUUAAAUGCUUGCUUGAAUGAGAUAUGUCAUUUGUCUGUUGACCAAAUGAAUAGGGAAUAAAAACAGAGUUAAUAGAAUUUUAGCUUUGUUCUUGGUAUCUGAGGCCAAGAAAGAUGGAAAGUACACAUCAAUUUUUCUUCUAGAGUAUUCAUCCAGAAUAAGAAAUUACGUAAAAGUCAUUAACAUGGAAAUCUAACGAAACUAGACGUUUUUAUAGAACGAGAAUGACAGUCGAAAAAAGAAAUAUUAAAUGACGAAAACUUUAACAGGAGUGUUAACAAAAAUGUUCAACUUUAGCUGUUGAAAACAUGAUUAACCGUUCGUUGGUUGGAGUUGCUUAUGAAACAGUACCACAUGUCGACCCGUCAAAAAGUAUUAUCGGCAAUGAAAUAAUUGAUUCCUUUUCUUUCCUUGUUUAUUCCGUCAAAGUAAACAUUUUCAGGGCUAUUAAAAGAGAAAACAAUACUGGAUGUCGGAAGCAACAUCAAAUCAAAAAAAAAUUUAUUUUCUCGACAAAUAACAUUUCAAAUGGUCAAUCUCUAAAACGUGUUGUCGUGAAAAGGCUGGUUUCUGAAGGGAUUUGUGCUGCAUGAAAGAGACGUUGGUUGCGUGCACAUUGCGUUACAUCAUUUCUCCUUGGGGUACGGUUUGAUAUGCCAUAGAUUUCCUCACCUUGUCGGUGCUGGUUCACAUCAGUCGAACGCGGUUCCGUUUUGAUAAAAGUCGACCCACGCAGUUUUUCAGUGUAAUGACGUUUGCUGUGACCGUUUCGCCCUCGCGCUGAAUGUUUAUAUUUCAUGUUUUAGUACAGAUGAUCGACAACUCAGAGUCCGUUUGCUCACUGGCACUUUCCACUUAAAUCAAUAAUAUCUCUUUCUUCAUUCUUCCUCGCUCAAAUUGCACGAAUCCAACGCAAUAGUUUUCUUGCUGAAAGGUAACAAUUGGGGCUUGCAGACAUUCACGCUUUGUUGACUUUAGUUCACAAAAACUCAAACUGCAUUUCCCAGGAGAAACUACAUUUCUGGAGCAACUGCUUGGAUAAUUUCUUCCGAUUCAAUAGUUAAAUGAGAGGGAUUUAUGACGCUUUUCGAUUUGAGAAUGUUCCAACAAAAACAAGCUGGUGACUGAACACUGACCUAAAAGCUGCUGUGAAACUUCGAGGUUUUAUCCAUUUCCACCCCAAAUCCCAUGAUUGAGUGGAGUGUAAAUCUGAGGGCCUAAAGGUUGAAAUACGAUUUAUUCAAUGAACUUUGUGAUCAGAUUCCUUCAAGGGAAAUAAGGAACCAACGAAGAGUUGCCUCGUUUCCAACGUGUUGCUCAUUACUUAUUUGUUUAUAGCGCCCAAUUGGACUCUGGGAGGCACGGAUUCGGUUUGCCAACUUUGUGUCUGACGUGUUGAAGUGAACAAUGAAGCAUCAACAGACUUACGAUUAGUCUCCGUCGAAGCAAUUUAAACCGACAAGAAGCUGUGCAAAUUUAGUUACAAGCCUUACCUUACCAAGGUGUUGAUUUUGCCCUUUGUUUGUCAAAAGGAUUACCAAGCUGAACUUCGAAAAGCCUUUGACGCGAAAGGUUGGUUUAAGUCGACGUAAAAAUUUCCUCAUUGUGUCUUUAGAUCAAAGAAACUUACGAUAUGAGCGCCAACAGAAAUUCUAGUUUGAAUCCACCCGAGAAGUUCGACACCGCCCAUAUCGCCCUUUCGUGUACAUUUGCGGUGUUGAUAAUUCUUCUAGCUAUCGUGGGGAACACAUGUGUCAUCCUGGCGUUUAAAAGGUUCCGUCGACUCCGCCGUGUCACAAACUACUUUGUUGUUUCACUGGCCCUAACAGAUAUUCUGGUCGCUGUGAUAUCUAUGCCAGUCUGGGCAGCUUACAUAAUAUCUGGUCCAUCGCUGUUUAUACAAAGGCAGUUGAUACAAAUAUUUUGGACCUCGACAGACAUCAUGGUCAGCGUGGCUUCGAUAUGGCACUUAACGUUUGUUAGUAUCGACCGCUACUUAUGUAUUACGGGACCGCUGUAUUACCAUACACGUAUGACCAGCCAGCGAGCUAUAUUAACGCUUGGGGCCAUAUGGUGCUACUCGAUCAUAGUGGCUUCUUUAUCGCCCACUUUCUGGGAGUCGGAUCUCUACACUUUGAUGAUGGUUGUACUGAAUUAUGCAAUCCCUGUCAUCAUAAUUCUCAUUGCGUACGUGAAUAUCUUCAAAACUGCUCGCUAUCAGGGAAAGCAAAUCGAGUUGACCAUCAAUGGAAAGGCAAGGCGUUUUUCGAUGAGCGCUGAGGUGAAAGCAGCGAAGACGCUAGGAGUGGUGAUUGGCGCGUUCAUUGUUUGCUGGUCUCCUUUUUUCGCGCUUAACUUAAACUACUACAUCUGCCAUUGUCCCCCUCCCCCUUUAGUUGUUUCAGUUACCAAGUGGAUGCAUUUUGGAAAUUCCAUGCUCAAUCCGCUUAUCUAUGGAGUUAUGAACAAGGAUUUCAGAUUUGCUUUCAAGAGGCUAGUUACAGACCAUUUUAAGAAAUCUUCUGGGUUCAAAGGCCGCAGCAUGGGGACAACUGCAGAUCAAAACAGCCAUGGAAGUAAUGAAGAAGAAGACAAGAUUAAUUUGCAAAGUGACACAGGACUAUAUUAUCAGGUUAUCAGACCGAGGAAAGGAGAAGAAAAAGAGGAGGAAAGAAAGAAGAGGGAAAGGGAACAGCCGGAUAUGGCAAAUGGUAACCGUUCAAAUUCAUCUUCAAACUCCCUUAGAGAAUUUUCUGACGAUUUCCGCAUUGGAACGGCCACAUUCACCAUUGUUCUCAUCUUGGCUACAGUAUUUGGAAACGGUCUCGUUGUUGUCGCCUUUUCACGCUUUGCACGCAUCCGUACAGUGACAAACUACUUCGUCGUGUCAUUAGCGUGCUCUGAUCUCUGUGUGGCGUUAUUCUCUAUUCCUGUAUGGGUGGCAUAUCUCCUGACAGGACCCCUGUGGGUAUUUGGCGCAGAUUUGUCACGUGUUUGGACCAUGGUGGACAUCUUGAUAGGUACCGCGUCCAUCAUGAAUUUAAUGGCGAUCAGUUUUGAUCGGGUUCUUUCCAUCAUGACUACAAUGCGUUAUUCUGUCAUCAUGACUUCACGGAGAGCGAUUUUUAUCAUUUGCUGCGUUUGGAUCUAUUCUUCGUGCAUGGCCACUGCGAGCUUUUUUCUGUUCGCCAAGCGCAUUUUCAACCUCGUUGCCACGAUCAUGUGCUUCUGCGUUCCACUGCUGGUGAUAAUCAGUGCAUACUCAAUUAUACUGAAAGUGGCACUAUAUCACGUGAAACAAAUACACGCAACAACGCCUGCGCAGUACCCAAGGAGUCAUUGCAACUUUUUAAGGGAGCUCAAAGCAGCCAAGACUUUGGGAGUUGUUGUUGGCGCGUUUGUGGUAUGUUGGCUGCCAUUUGUUGUGAUAAACAUCAUUUACAGUUUAUGCGAGCAACAACACUGUCUUCUGGUUAAUCCACAAGUCAUAUUGGUGACCAAGUGGAUGCAUUAUGGUAAUUCAAUGAUAAAUCCCAUUAUAUACACUGCCAUGAACAAUGACUUUCGGAAAGCUUUCAAGACUUUAAUUUUUGCAUCAGAUGCUACCCUUGAGGAUGAAAUACCGUAGUUACUCACAAAAAUUGAACAAACUGAGACGAGGAAAAAAAACAGUGGCCAACAGGAAGAAAUUAUCUAUUAAAGCUCUGCCCAAGCUAAAAACUUGCCCAAAAUUGUGUUAAAAAAUAGAAAACGAACUUCGUAUUGCUACGCUGGGUGUGAAAAAUUCACCAUAGUUUCAAAACGUCCACCAGUCCCCCUUUAUUGGAAAUUUAAUUCGCACACGUCAGACUGACAUUUUCAAUUUGAAACCGCUGACAAUGUACAGCACAACAACCAAGGGCCCUUGUGUGAUAACCUAAGUGCAAAGUGUAUGAGCCCCGCCCGAGAAAGUAGGCUAAUUUGUGCGCAAACAUCUUUUUCUGCUAUUCUGGUUAAUGUUCGAUCUGAAAGGAAUGCAUGUACGGGUUGAUAAGUUAAAACAGCAGCGUAAAAGCGUCUUGAUUUGAAGCGAUCGAUUCAUCAUCUAUCUUACGUGUUAAUAUUUUCAAGAAAAAUUUUGGGAUGUCACGCAACGCUCCGCGCCACAACGCUUCUUAAGGGGAACAUUGCAUGACAUCCCAAAAAACAGCUGCUAAGGAGACUAGAUUUCAUAUUGAUUCGAAUUUUUCUCUCAAUAAACAAAGAAAUCAGGCUUUAACUCUCUUCUCUGCUGCAAGUAUCUGUACCAUGACGUUUUAAUCGAUUCAGAUUAAAAUACGUACCUCUGUGAGGUGUUCA